AUGGCUCGUGAGCAAAUGUUGAUGUCGAUAAUCGCCAAAGGCACGUUCACUGUUGACUCCUUCUUCAUCGUCUGUAUCAUUCGAGACAUCUCCGAGGGGCUUUUCUAUCUACAUCGCUCAUUCGUUGGAGCAGUUGGCACACUGAGUUCCAGCACAUGCCUUGUCAAUGAUGGUUGGCAAGUCAAAAUUUCCUCUUAUGGAAUACCACAGUGUGUUGAUCGUCAAGCACAGAAGAUGUCAUUAUGGGUAGCUCCAGAGCACUUAGCUGAAUCGCCUGUGGGAGAAUCUAAGCCGGGCGACAUCUACGCGUUUGCCAUCAUAUGCUCUGAAGUGAUUACUCGCAAACCUGCAUGGAAUAUCGCAGAGAGAGCUGAAAAUGUCGAUGAACUGAUAUAUCGUAUCAAGAAGGGUGGUCUUGAGCCAAUGCGUCCGGAACUAGCAUUGGAUGGUGUAGAUGUCAGUAAUACUUUGGUAAGCCUUCCCAAAUUUAUUACAUCCGUGAAGUCCUCUUCGUGCUAA